AUGUGGAGCUGGUCUCAAGAACAUGCACUUGGCCAAGCUCUUCUCUUAUCACAUGGAAUCCUACAAGGAGCUCACUUGCGAGUUCUUAGCUUCAAUGAGGUACCACAUGUACGAGAGGAAGAUAGAGCUGAUUUGGACCAAGGAUUGGGAUGGAUCACGUUCUUGGCUAAGGGAGAGAAGAGAAUGGUGACCUUUAGGCAGUUGGAGAUCUUGUUUGGGUUCAACUAUGGAGAAGGAACCAAGUGGAACUUCAAGGAAAAGGAACUCCAAAGGGUUUGGGCUACAAUCGCUGAUGGAGUGUACUCUUCCUCAAGGUCCAAGGCUGCUCAGAUCAGGAGCCCAGUUGAGAUAUGUGCACAAGGCACUUGCCAACACCUUCUUUGCAAGGAAGGCAACCGGGACAAUCAACGAGGGGGAACUCAAGUUUCUUGA